AAACUUUUAGCCCCAGCUUGUAGGAGGUGCAUCCUGGGAAAAACACCAACAUGGGAAUCUUAUUCAAAUAGCGAACUCACACCAUGACUUACUGAGGGAUGGGAACCGUAAUAAUCAUCAUACAAUAAUCAGAUAUUAACAGUCAUUGUACGGAUCCCCCCUGAAGCACCGCUCACCUAGUCAGCGUUUCCCGAGCUAUACCCCGAGACGAUGUGAAUAUUUCUGUCCGGCACAGCGCUUGAAUGUGCGCGUAUUUCCCGGAGAGCUCUAUUGGGGAAGUGUAUGACUCCCGAUCUUUGGCGGAUGAUGAACAGGAAUUAUCCGACUUCCAGCUUCGCAGAUCCGCUGGCUCCCCCAGCACAGACCGCAGCUUGGGCCUACGAACGCAGCACCGCAAGUAUUAAGUCAAGAUGAAGAACACUACACCAGCAUAACCUCAGCGGGUUCUCUGCAAGAUGCAAACCACUGGUAAGGCUCAAGAACAGAAUGGGCAAGUUAUUAUUUGCUAAAAUGUACAUAAACUGAAGAGUUCUGGAACAAAGUCCUUUGGACAAAUGAGAUGAGUAUUUACCUGUACUAAAUUUAUGGAAAGUGUGGACAAAGGAACUACUCGUGAUCCAGAGCAUACCUCCUUGUCUGUGAAACAUGGUGGAGGUUGUGUUAUGGCUUGGACAUUUAUAGCUGCCAUUGGAACAGGCUCACUUUUCUUGUUUGAUGAUGUAACUGCUGACGGCAGCAGGAUGUAUUUUGAAGUUGACAAAAACAUUUUAUCUGCUCAGAUCUUACCAAAUGCCUCAAAACUCUUCGGACAGCACUUCACCUUGCAAUGGGACAGUGACUCCAAACAUACUGCUACCAAGCAAACAAAGUGUGUUUCAUGGCCAAAAAGUUCAAGCUAUGGAGCCACACACCCGGAAACUGAGCAGCUUCAUCGGCAGACCUACGCCUCCCCUCAUCAGCUCCCCACCUACGUCACUGCGCACCACCCUACAGGGCUAUCCGGAGUCUUCGAUGCCGGUUUGCUCACCACUGGCGGUAAUACUACUGAAAGUUCAGUCAUGAGUUUCCUCUCUGCAAUUGAGUCCCGUACCCAACAGGCUGGUCCUGCUGGGGCUACUUUAUUCCCGCAGUUCAGGACUUCUUCAUGGCAGACAGGUGUGGAUUCGUCACCCACCACAGAAUUGUUUGUUACUGGAGCCCUGCCCUCUUCAGGAACCUUCUCCACCUAUCAACACCCCAAUGCCUUCCCAGCCCGAACUUUAAAUUCCAGCCCUUCACUAACACUUCAGGACACUACCUUCAGCACCUCCUCUAAUGGUUUGUUGUCUAAUGACCCCCUCCUGCAGAUCAAGUCCACCCAGGUCACAGUGCCUUCUGCCCUGGCCUUCGACCGCCUUGGUGGCACUGUACUGACCACCAGUCUCCCACCCCAGUCCUCUACAUAUCGCUCAGCCCAGGAGUCAGCCCCGCACCUCCUGCAGCCUCAGUUUGGCCUGCUGCCCUCAGCCCUGAGUGGGUCACAGCAGCCCCCCCAGCCUUACAGCACCUCCGUCUUCUCUGGCUCCAUUGAGAGAGCACUUCAGCGGGAAUGUAGUGUGAUCAAGCACCAUCAGAGGCCUUCCAGCACUCAGUCAGUCCAAGGGCAGCAUUCCCUACAAGGUUAUUUGUCCAGCAGGAGUGAGGUACCCUAUCAGGACACUUUGCAUCAGCCAGCCGUGCCCUGUAGUCCCAUAGAAGAUUCUACUCAGGUGAGCAAUGCAGGACCACAGAAAAAGACAUCUCAAUCCACAAUGGAGCAAACUCAGGCUUACCCACCCUCCACUUCCUCCACCAAGCACACCGAGCAGCCUCUCGAGGUUGAAGAGUCCCAUAGUGGCUCCCCCAACCUGAGACCACCGAGCUACAACUCCCCCUCUCAGAAGCAGAACUCAGUAAUUGCCAGUCAGCCACAGGCCUUUGUGUCUGGGCAGCUGCCCAGCCCCCCGCAAGUCUACAUCACGUCCCAAUCCCUGCCCAGCAGCAUUGCUCAUUCCCAGGUGUAUUCCUCCAGCCAGUCCAACAAGUUGCCUCCUUUGCACAAGUCCCUGACUUCGGUCCCUGGCCAGUCAGGAAACAUAUCUUCUGUGAAACAGCCACUCAUCUUCUCCUCUGGUCAACAGCAGGGGUUGCCCUUAGUUAGUCACACUGAGGCAUAUAGGGUGCAAGUGCUGGGGCUCUGCCCAGAGAACCCGUCACAGAGCUAUUCUUCCAGUCACUCUCAGGGUCUGCCGACUGUUAGCUAUUCCGCACAGUCCCAAGGGCUUGCUUCAGUUAGUUCCUCUCAGAGCUAUGCUUCAGGACAAUCCCUCACACUGACCUCACAGUCCCUGUCCUUCUCCUCUACUCAUGCCCAGAAUUUGCCACGAUCAAGCCCCACCCAGAACUAUGCCAUAAUGCAUCCCUCCCCUGGAGAUGAGACUGAAAACACAUUGUCACCGCAGACUCAGAAAUACCUUCCUUCUGUUCAGUCAUCACCUUUCUCUCCUAUGCCUCAUUCCCAAGCCUUACAGAACAACAGAUCCUCAGCAGAUUUAAAAACAUCCUGUGAUGAAAGGAAAUCGGAAAUGUUCACCACCUCCAAACAGGAGGAUGGGGAAUUUCCUGUGCAGGACUUGCAAGCUUUGCAGCAGCAAGCCUCACUUGAUCCUUCAGCUCAAGCCCUUGAGGACAGUGAACUGGGAUUACAAAACAAUGAUAUGAGCAUGAUCUCCAAGAUGGAUGACCGGUACAAUUCACAGAGCGUCAUCCGGAGCAACUCCCGACCCGAGGACGAGAUCGCGGGCCUGAUAGUCCCAGAGUCCAAAAAGGAUGAAAGGAUGAGUUCCUUGAGCCCCCAUGGACAGGAAAUCACUAGUGCCAACAGUCAUUUCAGUGCUACUCCUGACAUUAAGAGAAGCUCCUCCCAUGCAACUAUGAGCACAGAGGAACUGAAGCAACAGUCGCUCAUGCAGAAAGUGGCUGAGUCACAAUUGCAGAGUCACCAAACACAGGCUGUGAGUUCCUUGCAGCCAGCUCACGGUCACUCAGCACAGCACACACAGUAUCUCCGGCUGCCCGGUGCCCAGAUCCUGCUGGAGCCCUCUCGAGAUCUACAGAUGGUCCUACUUCAGCAGUCCUUGCUCAACCCCACUGAACCCCAACAGAUUCCUGUGCAGUACCUGCAGAUGGAUGAUCAGAUCAUUGGUACCAACAGUGGGCAGAGCCAGCAGCAGGUCUCCCUGCCCCAGAACCCAGACGUCCUAAAGAUGGAUGCAAUGGAGACCACCAGGUCACUCCAGCAUCAUAUUUCACCAAAGGAUAACUUCAGCCAAGUGAAUCAGCAUGAUGCAAAGCACCACUUUACCCUAAGCUCAAUUUGUUUCCCGGACUCCAUUCUGCUUGCAGAUGAGAGGAACAUCCUCUCCAAUGUCGAUGACAUUUUGGCUGCCACUGCUGCUGCCUGUGGGGUCACUCCACAGGAAUUUGCCAAAGUAACGUCCUCAGUAGGGGACAUGCCCUUGCUCACCAACACCACAGACUCAAAGGGGAACUUGCAAGGGGCACUUAACACAAGGCAUAUUUCUUCUAGUUUUUCUUCCCAACAAUUAGCUAUUUCCAACUCUCAAGCUAUGACACUAAAUGGUAGCCAUUUGACUAUGUUGCCUAAGGAGGCAGUCCAGGAUCAGCAAGCAACAGAGUUACCAAAUUCACAUAUACAGUCCUCGCUCCUCAACUUUAGGCUUAAUAUAGGCGAGAAGGCACUGAGAUCUCAACAGGAGCCUCAAAGUGCCAGGCAAGGGUUUGAAAGGGAGAGGGAAGACAGAAUAGAGGAAGAACACAUGAGGCAUGGAAAUAGGACUGUCUUCAGUUCUGUGAGGAUAAGUACUAGUGACCCAGGUGUUGCCUCUGACAAUGGAUUCCCCCCAGGCAGAGAUGAUUAUGACCCCACUAGGCUAUUGGACAAAACCAAUAUGUCCAGCUGCAAGAACCAGGUUCAGUGCAGUGAGCUAAAAACAAUUAAAAUGGAGGACACAUUCAUGGAGUUUCCCACCAGAUGUUUAACCAAGAAGAAAGUCAAGUCUAAGGGUUCAAUGAAGCUGGUGGGGGAGGAGAUGAAUGGUCACCUCAAGCCAGUGAAACGUAACCAGGGGAAGCGUCAGAACUCUAGAGGGAGUGACACAAACUUGCCCUCCACCUCUGAUGGCUGCUACGAGAGCUACCACCAGCAGGAGCGGAUGCAGCAGAAGAUCAGGGAGGUGGAGGAGAAACAGCCAGAGGUCAAAACUGGAUUUAUAGGGUCCUUUCUGGACUUCUUGAAAUCAGGACCUAAACAACAGUUUUCCUCUCCUCCAAUAAGGAUGCCCAAUCGCUCCAGGAAGUCUUCUGCCUCCUCUAAACGCACUUCCUGUCCCAUGUUAUUGUCUACUAAGCCCCAGCCUCACAUUACACAACUAGCACCACCAGAAAUGGAUAGCAUCAGUCCAUCCAGAAGGCUUGACGAGGAGCUAAAGAGGAACCUGGAAACACUGCCAUCCUUCUCUUCAGACGAGGAGGAGUCAGUGGGCAAAAAUCAGGAUCUUCAGAAGAGCAUCACAUCUGCACUUUCUGCACUGGAUGACCCAUCAGAGAAAAAGAGCAGGUUGGAUGUCACACAGAAAAAUCUGCCUAGCACUGUUAUAAAGCAUGAGCAGUCUCCCUGCACAUUUCCUCCAGCACAAAAGACGCAACAAUCUCCUCUGCCCGCGUCUGCGGAGCUGCUUGCACAGACACUGUUGAAGGGCGUUCCUCCGGACCAGCUAGCCGCACAGCUGACCUCCGUGGCCAUCGAGGGCCUGACGGACGAGGAGCUGUCCGACAGCGGCGGGGAGGGAAUGUACCGGGAAAGGGAUGAGUUUGUUGUGAAAAAUGAGGACAUCGAAUGCCUGAAGAUGACACUGAACGCAGGGUGCGAGCCGCCUGCCAUCUGGAAGGUUCAGAAAGCCUUACUGCAGAAAUUUGUACCUGAGCUGAGAAAUGGGACCAGAGUGUUUUCAGCCACCAACAGCUAUUUGGGCUACUUUGGGGAUGCAAAGACCCUAUACAGAAGAGUGUACGUGAAGUUCAUCGACACUGUAAACAAGAGGGAAUACGUACGGGUCUGCAGCAGGAAGCCCAGGUGUAAGCCCAUGCACUCCAUGAGGGGUUCUCAGGCCAGGUCUCUGCUCGCCCACAAGACCAUUUCUUCUGCGACAGCUGGUGAUGCCCCAGUAUCCAAACAUGCAUCUUUGAAGGCCUCCUCAAAGGUCAAAUCCAAAGUCAGAGUGGAGCCACCACCCAAAAAGAGGAAAACGUGGAAGGAGGGGUUCUCCGAGCCACUGGGACUGUCACCAGAGGCCAUGAGCGAAGACGAUGAGUUCACGCCUCCGGUCCCGUUCGCGUCUCGCUUCCUCAACACCAGGACCAUGAAAGAGACCUUCCGGAGCUACGUGGAACUGCUCAUCAGCGUGGCCCUGGACGCGGAUGUGAUGGAUGCUCUGGAAAAAGAAAAGGAUGAGCUUCUUCUUCCUCACAUGAGGAAGGUGGAGGGGAUGCUGACGGACAACAGGCGGAGACUCCUGCCCAGACUGCGCGUGGGACAGCUGUUCAAGAAUGCUCUGGACAGCUUCCCCGAAUUAUCCUUGGUGACAGCGCUGGAGAAGGACGGGGAGAACCCUUCCUUCAAAGUGCAGUUGAGUGGGAAGGCCUACAACCGGAAGACUCUGAGGCCCUCCAAAGCCAGCAGCAAGCUUCCCUUGGAGUACACAGUGGAGAAGGAGAGGACGCAGUGGUUUUCACUUUAUCAUUCGCUACAGCAUUACAAGUACCACACAUUCCUGAUCUGCAAAGAUGAGAUCGCCUCUGUUCGGACGCAGAGGGGGGGCUGCCUGGGGCAGGAGGAGACGGUGAAGCUCUGCCUGCGGAACGGCUCGUGGGUGGAGAGGCUCUUCCACAAGUUCGGCGAGCUGCUGACACAGGUGCAGCAGACCUGCCUGUAGCCCCGGCGACCGACCCUCCGAUCCCAAGCCCCGCCCCUGUGGAAAGCGCCAACCUUCAUAAUAAAAGUCAGAAUCCCACGCUUGGCAUAGAGCGAAGCCAGUUCUCUGCGGUCCUUACCGAUUUCACCUCAGCGAUGCUGGGAUAUGCAUAUGGGACUACACUGUUCGAUAUUAUAAAUCUCCUUUUCGUAGCUGGCCAACUGUCCCAAAUUGGUUGGUUUUUUUGUUUGUUUGUUUGCUAUGGUGACAAACAUAAUGUGAUGAAAACAAGAUGAAAAUCUUUUUUAUAGGAAUCAAAACGCUUUCGAUCAGAAAAAAAGAAUGUACCUUGAUAAGUGUUCUCUUUUAUCAGAGACAAUGGAAAUUAUUAGGUGGAAAUGCAAGGUGUGUGUGUGUGUGUGUGUGUGUGUAAAAUUUCCAUUUCAACAAUGGAGUGCCAAAUUUAUAUAGAAUGUUGUACAUUUUGUACAGAGAACUGUUUUAGUACAUUCUUUAAAGAACGAAAGUGAUGUAAUAUAGACACCUACAUUUUGAGCUUCAAGGACUCUUAAUUAUGAUUAUAUCUGAAUCAGGACUUGGUGCAAUUCUAAUACAGCUUUUUGUGAUAUAUUUUAUUGUAACGAAAUGCAAUGACCUAAACUUUUUUCUUUAUUUGAAGAAAAAAAGAAAAACUGCCUUUAUACAUUUUCUUUUUAAAUGUACAUUUUAUCUCACUUAAUGGGUGUAUUUUUCACAGAAGAAAAUAUUGUGGUCAUAUUUGUGCCAUGUAUCUUUUUAAUACCCCUUUCGUUGCUUGAGAAAAAUAAUCCUUAUACAUUUAUAUGUAGAUUAAAUAUUGUAUACACAAUAUAUCUUGAGAUAAUCUCCUCACGUUGAUACAAGUUUGCCUCAAUUUCAACCAGAAUAUGCAAACAAUAUUUGACUAGUUUUGCUUUUUAAGUGUAGCUGUGUUACACACGGCAAUUAUUUUCUGAUAUGUGAUAAAAUAAAUUCCCGCCGAAAUGAAGGCAUUCAGGUU